AUGGGGAAGGCUGAUGUGAUUCUUGGAAUUAAGAUCACACAUGGAGAACAAGGACUUUUCAUUUCUCAAUCACAUUAUAUUGAGAAGGUGUUGGAAAAAUUUAAUUUCAAAGAUUGUUCUCCAGUUAAGACUCCUUUUGAUCCUAGUGCAAAACUCGUGCCUAAUAAUGGAGUUGUUGUGAAUCAGCUUGAAUAUUCAAAGGUUAUUGGAUCACUCAUGUUAUUCGGAUGCAAGUUGGAUUACCAAUAUGGAAGAUCAUUUUUCCACAAGUGGUUAAGUAUUCCUUCUUGGAGGAGGUGCUAUAUGUUGGGCAUCAAAGAAACAAACUUGUAUCACAAAUUCAACAAUGGAAUCGGAGUUUGUGGCAUUAGCAGUAGCUGGUGCAAGAAUAAAGGAACUACCUAUAUAAGCAUGAAGAUUAGCCGCUUCAAGAAGCUAGGGCUUGGCUUCGACGUGUUUAUGAAGGAUAAGGACAUAGGCUAG